CUGGGAAUCUUUAACAGCCCCUGCCUGACCAAAGUUGAGCUGCGUGUGGCGUGCAAGGGCAUUUCUGAUAGAGAUGCUCUUUCCAAACCAGACCCCUGUGUCAUCCUCAAGAUGCAGUCCCAUGGGCAGUGGUUCGAGACCAGCAGAGUUUGGGAUGCACAUCUGAGGAAUGAGAAGACAGAAAGGAGGCUUGUUUCCUCCUAGAAUAUGGAGAUGUGACGGCCUUUUGUUGGGUGAAACUUGCAGUGCAGGGCUGAAGGCUGCGAGCUUUUCCAGCAAUUCCUUCCUGGUUACAGGCUCGUGGACAAGUUUCUUUCACUCCUGGGAGAGCAGUGAGUCUUUUAUGUGUGGAGCCAGGAGGAUGAAGGCCAAAAUAGCAGCUUCACGCAUACGUGAGGUUGACAGAACAGAGGUGAUUCGCACCUGCAUAAAUCCAGUGUAUUCAAAACUGUUCACAGUGGACUUUUACUUUGAGGAGGUGCAGCGCCUGCGGUUUGAGGUCCAUGACAUCAGCAGCGACCACAACGGGCUGAAGGAGGCUGGCUUCCUGGGCGGCAUGGAGUGCACGCUGGGCCAGAUUGUCUCCCAGAGAAAGCUGUCCAAGUCGCUGCUGAAGCACGGGAACACAGCUGGGAAGUCUUCCAUCACGGUGAUUGCUGAAGAAUUGUCCGGCAAUGAUGACUACAUUGAGCUUGCAUUCAAUGCACGGAAAUUGGAUGACAAGGAUUUCUUCAGUAAAUCUGACCCAUUUCUAGAAAUUUUUCGUAUGAAUGAUGAUGCAACUCAACAGCUUGUACACCGAACUGAGGUUGUGAUGAAUAAUUUAAGCCCAGCCUGGAAAUCAUUCAAAGUAUCGAUAAAUUCUCUAUGCAGUGGCGAUCCCGACCGCCGGCUGAAGUGCAUAGUAUGGGACUGGGACUCCAACGGAAAGCAUGACUUCAUUGGCGAGUUCGCCUCGACGUUCAAGGAGAUGAGAGGGGCGAUGGAAGGGAAACAGGUGCAGUGGGAGUGCAUCAACCCCAAGUACAAAGCCAAGAAGAAGAACUACAAGAACUCGGGCAUUGUGAUUUUGAAUCUGUGCAAGGUCCACAAGAUGCACUCUUUCCUGGAUUACAUCAUGGGUGGCUGCCAGAUCCAGUUUACGGUAGCCAUAGAUUUCACCGCCUCCAAUGGGGACCCCAGGAACAGCUGCUCUCUGCACUACAUCCACCCGUACCAACCCAACGAGUACCUGAAGGCCUUGGUGGCCGUGGGGGAGAUCUGCCAAGAUUAUGACAGUGACAAAAUGUUCCCAGCUUUCGGGUUCGGUGCCAGGAUACCCCCAGAGUACACGGUCUCUCAUGACUUCGCAAUCAACUUUAAUGAAGACAACCCAGAAUGUGCAGGAAUUCAGGGAGUCGUGGAAGCCUACCAGAGCUGCCUUCCCAAGCUCCAACUCUACGGCCCCACUAACAUCGCCCCUAUCAUCCAGAAGGUCGCCAGGUCAGCGUCCGAGGAGACCAACACCCAGGAGGCAUCGAUGCAGAAUAUCACUGAUGUCUGAAAUUUUCCUUAAUUUUAUCCUGGGUUCCAAGAUAUUUUCUUGUAUAAAAAAAUAACUUACUACUCCCUGGUCUUCUCACACGAGCUCAUCUCACCCACCCGCACUGUGCGCAUCCUCAGCGUCCUCCAUGUCAGGAGCACGAAGGACUGACUGCACUGGACGCUGCCCCUCCCAUGUGCUGGGUACAGUCUCCUCCCCAUGAUCCAGACACUGGCCUGGCAGACUCAGUCCUUUCCUCUCCUUGUCACCUGUGUUGCCCUUGCUACUGAAGACUCAUUCCCAUUACGGAAUAAAACACACUCUGGUAUCGCCUGUUUAAGUCCAAAUAUCUCCCUUGACACCCUUUACCCUUUAGCUACUGUCCCUUAUUACUCUCUCCUUCACAGUGAAAUCCGUUGAACCUCUCCCUGCACUCACUGCCUCCAUGUCUCCUUCCUGCUACCCCCAACCCAGCCAGAUUUUUCUCUGAAAACCACAUUCAUCAAAGUCGACAGCUCCAUCUUGCCAAACCCACAGAAGCCAUGUGUGCCCAGGGGAACAGAUCUGAAUCCUCUCAGGUCAAUAUUCAGGAAUAAUGGUUGGGCAGAAUCAGUAUUUCAUUUUAUUCCUUAACAUUGUUUGAUCACCAGAACUUCAAAUUCAAAUUCUUAACAUGAUACCUUGCUCAGAAACCCAACAUAUAAAGCAGACUUCAAUAAAACAGACUGCUCCUGGGUUAAAGGGCGGUAUCCAAACCUGCCUGUUCUCCUUUACACACCUUUAGCCACAGGAGCACACAGGGCUCACCAGAGCUCCUUUUAAAAGUAAAAUGACCUCAGUUCCCCUAGGUACCAGGACCCACAACAGUAAAAAGAGAACAGGGCUGGCAGAGGUAUGGAUUU